AUGUCAGAAGCAGUUAAACGUGCCACUGGAAUCUCAUCUGAAUCUGACUCGUCUAGCCUUGCAUUUUCUCCCAGCAACGUGGAACGAAUUGUUGAAAAACUUUCCAAGAUGCGUGGUGCUGCUUUGAAGAUGGGCCAGAUGAUUAGCAUUCAAGAUAACAGGAUGAUUGGCCCAGAAAUCGAAGACAUAUUCAGAAGAGUACAAAGCAGCGCAAACUAUAUGCCUACAUGGCAAUUAGAGCAGGUGCUAUCUAAAAAUUUGGGCAGUGAUUGGAGAUCAAAAUUUCAGUCAUUUGAAGAUAUCCCUUUGGCAGCAGCAUCUAUUGGUCAAGUGCAUAAAGCUGUUUUGCCUACUGGAGAAACAGUUGCUGUUAAAGUUCAAUAUCCAGGCGUUGCAGAUAGUAUCUCGAGCGAUUUGGCCAAUUUGAAAUCUUUGCUACUUUUUGGAAAUAUGCUUCCAAAGGGACUAUAUUUGGAUAACAUGAUCCGUGUAGCUUCGUCGGAACUUAGUCUUGAGUGCGAUUAUAAACGAGAAGCUGCAGCUUCUGAAAGAUUUAGAACGCUUAUUGCGAAAGCCGGCCUGGACUCAUUUUAUGUACCUCGGGUUUUCCCCGACCUCACUACUUCGCGUGUUCUAACCACUGAAUACUUUCAAGGAAUCUCGAUAGAUCAGGCUGUUACUCUCGAUCAGAAAACAAGAAAUGAUCUUGGCGAAAAACUUUUUCGAUUAUGUCUUCUUGAGCUGUUUGAAUUUCGGUUCAUGCAAACAGAUCCCAAUUGGUCCAACUUUUUAUACAAUCCUGCCACGCACAAGAUUGCGUUGAUUGAUUUUGGUGCCUCGCGCGAGUUUCCUAAAUCAUUUACAGAUGACUACUUGCGUCUACUUCAUGCCAGCUCAGUGAAAAACCAUGAAGAAUGUAUCAAUUAUUCCCGAAAACUAGGGUUUCUUACAGGUUACGAAAGCUCGGUGAUGAACAAUGCACAUCUCAAGUCUCUACAACUACUGAGUCGCCCAUUUAUGAUUGAUGCUAAGCCCUUGUAUGACUUUAGCACUGCAAGUGAUAUUUCUAGCCAAGUUCGCACCGAAAUACCUGUCAUGCUACGUGAGCGACUCACUCCUCCACCCGAUGAAUCGUAUUCACUCCAUCGAAAAUUAUCUGGAUUCUUUUUACUUUGCAACAAACUUGAAUCACAAAUCCAUUGUAGAGAGAUAUUUGAACAAAUCUUGAAUAAAUACAAGUUUGACUAA